AUGAGCAGCGCAGUAGAAGACAGGGAGAAGCCCCACGAUGAGACGCGCGACCAUGCCGACGGCACCGAUGCCGACGAUGCCAACGAGGAGGAAGAGAUCUCUGCCAUGAAGCGGCGGGUGGCCGAGAUGGAGGCCGAGGCAGCUAAGCUCCGCGAAAUGCAGGCGUCUCUCGACCAGGCGCGCGCCGAUCUGACAGAGGACAAGGAGGAGGUGGACAGCCGCAGCAUCUUUGUUGGCAACGUCGACUACUCCACCUCGCCCGAGGAGUUGCAGGCCCACUUCCAGAGCUGCGGCUCCAUCAACCGCGUUACUAUUCUCCUGGACAAAUUCACCGGCCAGCCCAAGGGCUAUGCCUACGUUGAGUUUGCCGAGCCCUCUCUCGUCGCCCAGGCGCUAGUUCUCAAUGACUCUGUCUUCAAGGGUCGCAACAUCAAGGUUGCCCCCAAGCGCACCAACAUUCCCGGCAUGUCGCGUGGCCGUGGAGGCUUCCGUGGCGGGUAUCGUGGCGUCCCCCGCGGUGGUUACUAUGGCGGUCCCGGCAGAGGCGGCUACCAUCCCAGCUAUGCUCCGUUCCCUCGGGGCGGCUACCGUGGUGGCUAUCGCGGACGGGGACGCGGGGGCUAUGCACCGUAUUAG